UCAUUAGCAUGCCAGUUGCAUGCGUCGCUGUUUUUCGCCAAAUAAAUACCUUUCCUUCUUUGCAAAGAUGUCUUCCCUCUUCAGAUCGGAGGAAAUGACAUUGGCUCAACUCUUUCUUCAAGCUGAGGCAGCUUAUUCUUGUGUCAGCGAACUCGGAGAGUUGGGCCUUGUGCAAUUUCGUGAUCUGAAUCCAGACGUGAAUGCUUUUCAGCGCAAAUUUGUUAAUGAUGUCAGGCGAUGUGAAGAGAUGGAAAGAAAACUAAGGUUUCUAGACAAGGAAAUUGAAAAGGCUGAUAUACAUGUCAGGGAUGUUGAAGAAAAUCCAGAAGCUCCCCAGCCACGAGAAAUGAUUGACCUUGAGGCUGAGUUUGAGCAGCUUGAACAUGAAAUGAAAGACAGCAAUACAAAUUAUGAAGCCCUUAUGACAAGCGUUUUGGAGCUGUAUGAACUCAAACAUAUACUGAGCAAGACACGUAUUUUCUUUGAGGAGGUUACCCCAACAUUUGAUUCCUUGGGACCCAUUUAUACCCGUGGGAGGAGAGAGGUUGAUCUACUUGUACAUGAGCUUAAUCAACAUGAGAUCUGUGAACCACAAGGAGCUGAUGAGACGCAACCGCUCUUGGGAGGUGAGCCAAGACUGGGUGCUACAGCAGCAACAACUCAACUGGGAUUUGUGGCAGGAGUGAUUGUUCGUGAAAGAGUGCCCUCAUUUGAGCGUCUACUGUGGCGUGCCUGCCGUGGUAAUGUGUUCUUAAAGCAGGCGGAGAUUGAGACUCCACUUGAAGACCCAAGCACUGGUGACCAAGUCAAUAAGUGCGUCUUCAUUAUUUUCUUUCAAGGAGAUCAGCUCAAAAGCAGGGUGGAGAAGAUUUGUGAGGGAUUUGUGACAGGGGUGAUUGCUCGUGAAAGAGUGCCCUCAUUUGAGCGUCUUCUGUGGCGUGCCUGCCGUGGUAAUGUGUUCUUUAAGCAGGCAGAGAUUGAGACUCCACUUGAAGACCCAAGAACUGGUGACCAAGUCAAUAAGUGCGUCUUCAUUAUCUUCUUCCAAGGAGAUCAGCUCAAAAGCAGAGUGAAGAAGAUUUGUGAGGGAUUCCGAGCUACACUCUACCCCUGUCCAGACACUGCUGCAGAAAGGCGGGAAAUGGCCAUUGGAGUAAAUACAAGGAUUGAAGAUCUUCAAACAGUGUUGAAUGAAACACGUGAUCAUCGUCAUCGCCUGUUGGUGACUGUAGCCAAGAACAUUAACCAGUGGUUCAUCAAGGUCAAGAAGAUCAAGGCCAUUUAUCACACCAUGAACAUGUUCAACCUGGAUGUGACUCAGAAAUGUCUUAUUGCUGAGUGUUGGUGUCCAGUUAGUGACUUGGAUAGGAUUCAGCAGGCACUGCGGCGUGGCACGGAGCGCAGUGGAGCUGCUAUACCAUCCAUUCUGAAUCGCAUGGCUACUCGUCAGGAGCCACCAACUUUUAACAGGACAAACAAGUUUACUCAGGGGUUUCAAGCCAUUGUAGAUGCCUAUGGAGUGUCUAACUAUCAAGAGGUUAAUCCAGCUCUGUUUACCAUCAUCACAUUUCCGUUCCUCUUUGCGGUAAUGUUUGGAGACUGUGGCCAUGGCUUGAUCAUGUUCCUAUUUGCUUUGUGGCUGGUGCUGAAUGAAAAGAAACUGCAAAACUACAAAGAGGGUGGAGAGAUGUUUGAGACCAUUUUUGAUGGUCGCUAUAUUGUCUUGUUGAUGGGACUAUUCGCUGUCUAUACUGGCCUUAUAUACAAUGACUGCUUUUCCAAGUCGUUCAAUAUCUUUGGCACUGCAUGGGAUCUUAGUGUAGAUUGGGAUGGCAUCAGCAAAUCGACCCUUCGCUCGUAUGGUAAUACAUCCAAAGACAUCAUGCUUGACCCGAAGGAGACCUACCGUGGUGUACCGUACUUCUUUGGUAUUGAUCCAAUAUGGCAAGUUACUGUGAACAAGCUCACAUUCACCAACUCUUUCAAAAUGAAGCUUUCUAUUGUGUUUGGUGUUAUACACAUGAUGUUUGGUGUUUGCCUGAGUUUCUUCAAUCACAGGCACACUGAACAAGCCAGUUUGCUGUUGGCACUCAUCAACAUGUUCCUUAAGUUUGGAAAAAAAAUCACGGGCUCUGACUUGCUUUAUAAGGGACAGGACGUUGUCCAGCCGAUAAUGGUAGUGAUAGCAGUGUUGUGUGUGCCCUGGAUGCUGCUGAUGAAGCCAUUCUACCUACGACACAAACACAAGGCUGCUGAAGACGAAGGUUUUCAGAGAUUGCGGUCAAACACGCCCAGUCCUCCGCCAGUGACAGUGCUGGUUGGCGAGCCUGGACACAAUUCUCACGAAGUGGUCCAUCAUGAUGGCCAAGCACAGGGUGAACCAUAUGACGAUGUUCAUGAAGAGUUUGAUUUUGGGGAGAUAUUUGUACACCAGGCAAUCCAUACUAUUGAGUACUGCCUUGGUUGUAUCUCCAACACGGCUUCUUACCUGCGGCUGUGGGCAUUAAGUUUGGCUCAUGCAGAGCUGUCAGAAGUGCUAUGGACCAUGGUGCUCCACUUGGCUCUAACAUUCAAGGGAGGGCUUGGUGUGGUUGCCUCCUUUGCUCUGUUUGCAUUCUGGGCAGUGCUCACUGUCGCUAUCCUGUUGAUCAUGGAGGGUCUGUCUGCCUUCUUGCAUGCUCUUCGUCUCCAUUGGGUCGAGUUCCAGUCCAAAUUUUAUCAAGGACAAGGAUACAAGUUUAACCCUUUUUCUUUCAAGUUAAUUAUCAGUGGCCAGCUUGAGGAAUAGUUUUAAUUAUCAGCUUUCUUGAGUAAAGUCUAGCUAGGCUUUACAUUCUUUUGUAACUGAAACAGGUUAAAAAUCAAUGGGAUAGCAACAGUAAUUUUGUGUGAUCAGAUUUAACAAUAGACUGAGAUAUAAUGAACUUUUGAGUUCAAAUGCAACUCAGCUUGAGGUUAAAUUAAAAAAAAAAAAAAGAACUUGAGGAUAUUAUUGGUUUCUAAUGAUGGAAGUUAGCUUAUCGUACUGUGUUUGGAAAUUGUGAGUUAAUUUGGGUAAAUAAGCAAAAUAAAACUGUUGGUUUUUGCAUUG